AUGUCGAAACACAACUCCCAAGACCUUUUGCUCCUCUUCGAGCACCCCCAAGAACCCGUCUUCGUCCCCAAGGGCGACAACGCAGGUGACAAUGGCUUCGUCUUCGCCGUCCCCGACACCUACCUCCCCGACCAGUACCGACCCCUCGGCGCACUUCUCACCACCCGCUUCGGCGAAGACUCCGAAAAAAUCCCCGUGAAGAAAAUCUCCAUCCCUCCACUCGGCGAAAUCCUGAACAUCAAACGCGACGAGAACUUCUCCCUCUUCUUGGAAAAGCACCGCCACAUCGCCGGCAAACUCAUCGAAAUCUUCAUGAAAAUGAGAAACACCGAGGACCUCCUCUCCAUGGCUUGCUACUGCCGCGACCGCGUCAACCCCUACUUGUUCAACUACGCCUUCUCCGUGGCUCUGCUUAACCGCAAAGACACCAAGAACUUGUCCGUACCGUCGUUCGCUCGUCUCUUCCCGGACAAGUACGUGGACUCCAAGGUCUUCACUCGAGCGAGAGAGGAGGCGAAGAUCGUCCCCGAGGGCUCGAGGACGCCUCUGGUCAUCCCGAAGGACUUCACGGCUUCGGAGCGCGAGGAGGAGCAGAGAUUGUCGUACUUCAGGGAAGAUUUAGGGGCGAAUUUGCACCACUGGCAUUGGCAUUUGGUGUAUCCGUUGAACGGAGAACGCGCCAUCGUGGCGAAGAAUCGCAGAGGGGAACUGUUCUACUACAUGCACCAGCAGAUUAUUGCUAGGUACAAUUUCGAGAGGUUGUGCAACAAGUUGAAGCGAGUGGAAAGACUGACGAAUUUCAAUGAGCCGAUCAAAGAGGCGUAUUUCCCGAAGUUGGACAGCGUGGUGGCCAGCAGGGCCUAUCCUGCUCGAGUUGCUAACCAGAAGAUGCAGAAUGUGGACCGGGCCGUGGAUCAGGUUAGGUUGGACGUUGAUGAGUUGAAGCGGUGGGGCGAUAGGGUUUUGGAUGCCAUUCAGAAGGGGACCGUGAUUAAUGAAAAAGGACAAACGAUUGAGUUGGGGGAGAAUGACGGUAUUGAUACCUUAGGUAACAUAAUCGAGUCGAGCGUUUUGUCACCGAAUAGAAACUACUACGGUGACUUGCACAACAUGGGUCACGUUAUGUUGGCGUACAUCCACGAUCCCGAUCAUAGAUACUUGGAAACUUUUGGUGUGAUGGGAGACGUAGCUACAGCAAUGCGCGACCCCGUGUUCUACCGCUGGCACGCUUACAUCGACGACAUCUUCCAACAACACAAAGCCACUCUUCCCCGUUACACCAUCGACCAACUCAACUACUCCGGAAUCACCGUGAGAGAUAUCGAGGUGCAAUCCCAAGGUACUUCUUCCAACGUGUUCAACACCUUCUGGCAACAAUCCGACGUGGACUUAUCCCGAGGCAUGGACUUCCAGGAAAAAGGUUCCGUCUUCAUCCGCUUCACCCACCUCCAACACCAACCCUUCACUUACAAGAUCACCGUCAACAACGCCAACCCCGCAACGAAACUCGGUACUUGUCGCAUCUUCCUAGCCCCCAAAUUCGACGAAUCAGGCAGCACUUGGACCUUCCGCCACCAAAGACUCAUGUUCAUCGAACUGGACAAGUUCACGGUGACGCUGAAGCAGGGUGCGAACACCAUCACUCGUGCCUCCACUCAAUCCACCGUGACCAUCCCGUUCGAAAGGACUUUCCGCGACUUGGACACCAGACGACCCGGAGCAAACACCGCCGAGUUGGACCAAUUCAAUUUCUGUGGAUGCGGAUGGCCCCAACAUUUGCUCAUUCCUAAGGGAACCGUCGAAGGAAUGGCAGGCGAACUCUUCGUGAUGAUAUCGAAUUACGAAGACGAUAAAGUGGACCAGAACAUCGACGGAGUUUGCAGCGAUGCUGGAAGUUUCUGCGGGAUCAAAGACAAGUUGUAUCCCGAUCGUCGCUCGAUGGGGUAUCCGUUCGAUCGGUUGCCGCGAGAGGGCGUCAACAAUCUUCAGCAGUUCUUGACACCGAACAUGCGCAUUAGGGACGUGAGCAUCACGUUCAAGAACAGGACCAUCAAACCAAAAGAAGCUUUCGUUUGA